AUGGCUUCCUCAGCACCUCAGGAUCGAAGACCUCUUGUCAUCUCCGGUCCCUCGGGCGCAGGAAAAGGAACCCUUAUCCAAAAGCUCAUUGACGCACACCCAAACACAUUCGAACUAACAGUCUCCCACACAACCCGGCAACCACGUCCCGGUGAGAAAGAUGGUAUAUCCUACCACUUUGUUUCUGUCGAGACAUACAACACUCUCAAAAUCAACGGAGAUCUGAUAGAAGAUGCAAUGUACGCCGAUAACUUCUACGGCACAAGUAAAGCUGCACUCGCAGAAAUAUUCGAGAAACAACUCAUUCCUAUUCUUGAUAUCGACAUGGUCGGUGUGCAGCAGGUGACAAUAAACCCUGAGUUUGAGGCCCGCUAUGUUUUUAUCAAACCGCGGGAUCUUGUCGUGCUUGAGCAGCGGCUUAGGGGUCGAGGGACGGAGAAUGAGCAACAUAUUCAGAUUAGAUUGGAUCAGGCGAGAAGGGAGCUUGAGUUUGCUGAGACCGCGGUCAUUUUUGAUCGAGUUAUUGUUAAUGAUGAUCUGGAAAGGGCUUAUCUCGAGCUUGAGGGAUUUGUUUUCGGGUUAGAGUGA